GUCACACUGUCGUAAUAGCUUCUCUUAAAGUACAAAAAGUAUAUAUAUAAACUACCUUUGUAGAGCAUAUUACAAAAGUAACAUGCCUAAGCACAAUCUAAUGUGUGCUGUAUUAGUAUCUUGCCUUGGGGUGUCCAAAUUUCCAGUAUAAGGCGUACUUGUAAGUACGUCGGUUCUUCGGUCGUAUUCAGAUUUGGAAUUAUGAGCUUAACACAAAGCUGCUGCGAGCAAAGGAGCAGCGGCAGGAACAGAAAGAGUAGUAGCAGCAUGUUGGACGACUUUGAUAAGGCCAGCAUCGUUGCCCAUGCCGACGACAAUGAGUACAUAUCGCCGGCCACUCCGGAACCCCAGCCGGAGACGGAAUUUGCACAUUUGACUGAAACUAAGCGAAAGAUUCAUGAUGCUAUAGCUGCGCUCAACGAUGACAGUUACGACAAACGCAUCGCUCGACUUCUCCCGCAGUACGAAUGUGCCAUUCGGGAGGAGUUUGAAAUUGCCCAGUACUCGCCACAGAGAUGUCGGAAACUGGCACGCAUCCUCACCGGACUCACUGAUGUUAUUCACACCAUAUUCAGGUCGGUGCGACAGGAUAAUGCCUAUCGCCAACGUAUGUGCAAUAUUGUGGCCUACUACAUAUCCUGUGAACUGUGCUCUGCCCAAGAGUCUGUCGAAAAAGAAGAAUUCAUCAUCAAUCGAAUCAGCAGUUGCCUCAAAUUGUUUGUGGAAUCCGGCGGCAUUGGCGUCCACAAGGAGCAUGUUCUCCGCACCCUUCUUGCCGCACCAAAGCUUUUUAAUCGGGCUAGCAUUCUAUCAGUGUUGUACAGCCGCCUCUUUUCUCAUUGGUCCACGCCUAGCAUAAUGAUCCAAGCAGAGCUGCCGGACAAACUUUACAUCGAAUAUAUUCUAAUCUUUUAUUACUGGCAACGACUUGAGCCCGAUGAGGCAGUCAAGGAGAAGAUUGUCGAAUUCGCUGAAAAGUUUAUGCGGCCCUCAAAAAUAUUGGCCACGAGAAGCAAAUACGCAGAGUACUUGCCCAAAUACAGUGCCCGGGGCACGGCCACGCGUUCUAUACUAAAUCACCUGCGGCAGAAUAGCUGCACAAGUCUGCAUAUGGCAAUCAAAGUUGAGAAUCGACCGCCGCAAUCCAGCGAAGUGGUAAUCAGUUCGGAUGAUGAGGAAAGCUGCCCGCUGUGGAGCAGCGUUAGGUCGAGGACGCCAACGCCAUCGUCCAGCCAGCAUCACCCUGCCUUUCUCCAGAAUCUCUGCAAGAAUGCCCGCCAAGUGGAGCCCUGUAAACGAGCGUCGGCUUUGUUUAGUGGCAUCGAUAACACCAUAGAGAUUGUGGAUCUUCGUGAUUCCGAUGAUGAUGUGGAAAUGUUCUCUCUGGAUUUCAACGUGCCAGCCAAUGUGGACGGAAACAACUCAAACUCAAAUGAUUCGGCCAGUCAGUCCAUCGCGGAAGAUUACUCAGUGCCCGUCACGCGCAUAUAUCCGACUAACCUCAGGACCUAUGAGCGAGGUCCAAGUGCAAAUGCCAUCUCUGUCUCUGUCCCACCCACCACGUACAUAGUGCCCCGAAUAGUCAAUAGCUAUAGCUGUCGAAGAGACAGCCUUCACCUGGUGUCGACAACAGCCCCGCAUCUCGUAGAUCAGUCGGUACAAACGACUGAGGACGAAGAAGAGCUGGAGGAACAAACACAGGAAAAGGAUGCACUGCCCAUGUGCCCCCUCUGCUCGGACAAUCAGCUACCGGGCACAACCACAACUAAAACCACCGACCUGCUUUACUCAGCCCAUAGAAAAUCCCACAGUCACUUUCAGAGGAGCAGCAGCGCCAGUAGCAGCGAAGCCAGCACCAAACAGCACCAGGACGUACACCACUCCCACCAACAAUCUAGUCAGAAUAGCAACAACAGCGAUAAUUCGAUGCAGAAGAAACAGGUUACCUUUAGUCCCCAGCACCUGGGCGUAACUUUCUCAAGAGCGAGCGUAGUCUCAUCCAAGAACCCAGCUAUCAAACGUUACGAGACAAUGGCAGCCUCCAAGGUGGACCGCAUUGAUAAUCUUAAGUGGAUGGCUCUUAAAGAGCACAUUCAGGCUAGUGCCAAGAUGUUCGCCAAGCUGAACGCAAAUAGUAACAAUUGUGAUAAAGGAAAAUCUGGUAGCUACACAGCGAUUCCAAAGGUUCCGGGGAACAAGGCCUCGCCGGUCAGAAGUGCGCCUAGGGCGGCCCAACUCACCUCCUCGCAGCUAACGCCGACUACGAGCAAUGCCUCCAGCUGCACGCCCACACGCAUGAGAGCUACACCCCGAGGGCGAGGAGAAUUGCCUACGCCUCCAGCGUCUACGCACAGCUCGGUCAGUCCAUAUCAGAUACUCAGAGCAUCCACCGAUACCCUGGGCUCCAUUGACAUGGAGAAACUCGAGGUGAAUGCCAGAGUAUACAGCUUCAAUCGCCGCCUGUUCUCCAAGGCAGCCAACGAGCAUGUGGGCUUCUAUAACCAGCUGUUGAGCGUGCAGCGGAAGAAUCUCCGGCAACGUAGAUUGGCCAACCGCACCAUAACCAGCAAUCUUGUGGAUCCAAGGCAAGCGGAGCUUGUCAAUUGUGCCAGGCAGCGGUGCCUGCAGCUACGUGCUCUUAAUGCCAGUAUGCGAAACGAGGCAGAGCAGCUGCAAAAUAACCUGACUGCCAUUAAGAAUUAUGCCAUGCGGCAUGCCAAGCCCAUCGUAAGACUGAAACGUUGUAAUCUCAAUUUCUUGACUAGAAUUGUCGAAAGUUCUCAUCGAUUAUCAACCUCGUCAAUGGAACCAGUGAACGGCAGUGAAUCGGAUAAGGAGGCGUGUGGGGGUAAUCAGCAGGAACAGAAACAUCAGCAGCUUGAUCAGAGUCAGCUCAAGCAAAGACGCCGAAGGGGUCACAGCGUUUGGAAGCACAUCAAGAAAAAAAAGAAGAUUAGGUUGCUGGCUCCCGACGUAACUUCGGACACGGCGCCAGUUGAAGUCCAAAAUCCAUCCCCAAAGUCAGAUCGUGGAUCAAUGACCGAGCCAGAUUCAAAAGAUCCAGAUCCAAUACCAAUGCCAGCUUCUAAAGAACCAAAUUCUCAAAUUCCUGAGAUUGGCAUGGAGCUGGAAAUUCAGGAAGACGGUCUGGAGACUGAUGACAGCAGCGCCGUGCCCUCCCCUGCCCACAACAUUGAACUGGUGACCAGCAAUGUUCCGGUUUACCUGCUCAACGGGGAGAGCCGCGAUGUGAGCACCCCUCUAUCCAGCCAAUUCAGUUGCAGCGGAUUCACUGAGACGGCAGCGGCCAGUGAUUCCUUUGUCCUAUCGAGAAAAGAUUAGGCCUUCCUCCUUUGCUCUCCUAUUCCCGUAGCCUGGAUAGUAUUUUAGUGUUUAGAGAGAAGAGAGUAUCUGUUGCCCAGUUAUCUUAUGGCAGUUUAGAGAAUUACGAAUUGUUGAAAGUUUUUAUUAUUAUUUUUAUACAUCUCGCUUGCAAUAUUAACCCCAAACUAAACACGAACCAAAAUGUUGUCAAUUUAAAACAAUGAAAUUAAAUAGAAUAUAUUUAUUCAACUAUA